AUGGAUGUAAGUGUUGAUUCAUCCCAAUCUUCGUCAACAAAUACAGCUACUUCAUCUUCUACGUCGCCUGCAUUAUCAUUUGUUAAUUUAUUUUUAAAUGAAGUUAAUAAUCAAGAUUCCCAUGGCUUACUUGAUGUACAACGUUCAUUUCUUGAGCAAUUAGAUAAGACGAAUGAAAAAUUAGAUGGCAUUAAUAAAAUAUCAGCAAAACGAUAUUUAGAUGCAACACGAGAUUUUUCCAGUCAUAUUCAUAUCCUAACAACAAUGAAGAGUGAUCUCGAUCUAAUAUCUAAAAGAAUAAAGAUAUUAAAAAUACGUUUAAAUAAAAAAUAUCCUGCAGCUUAUGAAUCAGUUAUUCGUAUGAAUAAAACACAAAAUGAUUAUCUUGAUGAUGAAGAUGACGAUAUGAAUGAUUUCACGACAUCGACAACGAGAUAUGCUACUAGCUCAUCGCUUGUCAAAUCGAAAACAAUUGAUAUGUCUCAGUUUUCAGCAUCGUUACGUGAAAGUCAUAGUUCAGCUGAAUUAUCAAGUAUUAAUGAACAAUCAGCAAAUUCAUUUGGUGCUGUACGUCGUUUCAUACUUGAUAAAUCAUCAGGUGGACAGAAUCUUUCAACAAUGUUUAAAAAUGCCCGCGAUGAAAUUAAAAAAAUUAAUGAUGGAUUUCUUGGUGGUCAAAAUUCGAAACCACCGAAUGAUAAUGAACAAUGA